GUAACCUCCUUCUACUCCUCUUCCUCCUACUAUGCUUCCCACUCCCCUCUUCCUUCAUCCUUAAUUCCCCAUCAAUCGCUUACUCCCUGUCUUCGUCUUUCCUUUCCCUUUACUCCACAACAACACCUACCUCUCUUCUUCCUCCCCCUUCCACCUUAUCAUUGACUUUACCCUUAAUCUAUAACGACGUAGCGAUGGUGGUGGUGGUGGCAGCAGCAGUAACCAACCAGUGAUACACGCUCAGAGCACAUCCAACAACUGCAUUCGUCUAGACUGUCUUAGGUCAGUGCCAAAGAUACCUCCCGAGUUCUGCAAGCCUUCCAUUGCGCCUUCUCCUACUUUCUCUUUCAAACCUGAUUGCUAUAUCGGGACGCGGCAGCGCAUGGACCAGUUCAAACGUUGUCUGCAUCGCUGGAUGAAAUUAUUGCUACUUGUUAUGUGAUGGUGCUGACGCAUUUACCGCGGGACCAGCAAAUUAAGCAACACAUCACAACAAACACGUUUAAGAAAUUCAGAACAAAGAAAUGAUGAUAAAAGAAAAAAAGAAAAAAAUGAUAUAACAAACAAAACAGAAAAAAAAGUUCCAGACAACAACUAAAAAAAGCAACAAUAAGUAGACAACAGCAACAACAAAUCGAAAUGCGGGAAGUCCCUAAAAUAUUUUAAGAAUUUAUUAGACUACAAAAACAAAGCAACUGUUAUCACCAACAACAUAACAUUAUUUUUUUUUUAAUCGAUAAAUAUCAAUAAGACGAAUUGUUUUACCACUGGCAACAAAAACAUCUAAAAUCAUUCCAAAGAUAAACACAGAGUACACAAAAUAUUGUGAAAAUAAUUUAUUUAAUUUGCAUAAUUAUUUGUAAAAAUAAAAGAAAAUUAGAAUGGCAAAUUAAGAAAAAACAUACAGAAUAAGAAAAACAAAUAUAUAUGUUUCUAUGUAUAGAUAAUAUUUAUACAUAUACAUAUAUAUAAUAUACACAAAUACCUGUAUGCAUUUUUAUACAGAUAUCAGCCAAUAAGUGUGUGUGUGUGUGUGUGUAUACACAUACACACACAUAUAUAUAUACAUCUAUGCAUAUGCAUGGAUGUACAUAAAUUACUACACAAAGGCAAAAAAAGCAAUAUAUAACAUUCCUUGAGGGAAUAACAUAAACACGCACACAUACACACAUACAUACACAUAUACGUCUAUCUAUCUAUCUAUCUAUAUACAUACACAUAUGUAAAUAUAUAUUUAUAACAAUGUUUAAUAUAGAUAUAUAGAUAUGAAGGUAUAUAUUUUACACUGAAAAUUUUAUUUAUAAAAACAAGCAACUUAAACAUCCUCAACAACAACGCAAAAUAUAUUAUCAAUAAUAUCACAUUAUUGAUUUUACAAUCCAAAUUUCGAUUUCUGUUCAACAUCAAGGAAAAAAAAAAAGCAACAAACAUAUUAAAAAAAAAAAAAAGAAAAAUGCCGCGGUCAUUUUUAGUGAAAAAGACGAAAAGCGAUAGUGAGAGGGUAUCUUACAAUGGGUACAAAAUUCGUGAUGUCUACGAUGAAUCAGACGAGAGCCUCAAAGCAAUUGCUCCAUACACUCCGACAUUACAACCUCUUGCAGUUCGACUCAACAAUGGCUAUAUACACGAUGUCCUCUCUACUUCCCUAUUGCAAAACGGCUUACAGAACAGCUUGCAGAACACCUUACAAAACAGCUUGCAAAAUGGCUUGCAGAACGGCUUGGAAUCUGAAAAAUCCUUUGGAACUGAUUCAUAUGGAGAGCCUGAACCCGAAGAAGACAGCCCCAUGACAGCUGACAGUGUGGAUGAUCUUCGAGAUUCUAGCUGCAGUCCAACAGCUUUGACUAUUGGUUAUACCUAUGACGCUUUCUUUAUCAGUGAUGGACGUUCUCGUCGGCGGAACGCAUUAGGUAUCCCUGAAAAAGUUAGUCGGCAACGAUAUACCUGUAAUGAAUGUGGUAAAAACUACGCUACUUCCUCGAAUCUAUCACGCCACAAGCAGACUCAUCGUAGCCUAGACAGCAAACUGGCGAAAAAGUGUCCGCAUUGUCAAAAAGUUUAUGUGAGCAUGCCCGCUCUGUCAAUGCACAUACUUACUCAUGACCUGAAACAUCAGUGCGAUGUCUGUAGCAAAGCGUUCAGCCGACCAUGGCUCUUGCAAGGACAUAUGCGCUCGCAUACCGGCGAGAAACCGUUUGGAUGUGCUCAUUGUGGCAAAGCUUUCGCUGACAGGUCUAAUCUUCGCGCUCAUAUGCAAACACAUUCUGCAUUUAAGCAUUUCAAAUGCAAAAGAUGUGACAAGUCGUUUGCACUGAAAUCUUAUCUGAACAAACACUACGAAUCAGCUUGUUUAAAGGAAUGAAUAAAACAUAGAAAUGAAUGAAAUAUAUAUAUAUGAAGUGCUUCAAAUUAACAAGAUAUGAAACAACAAAAACACUUUCACAACAACAAUAAUUGAAAGUUAUUUACAUUUUUUUUCUGGCAUUAUUAUAUGUAAUUUGGAUGGAGAUUAAUACUACAAUAUAUUCUGAAAAUUUCCAAACGAUAAUGAAAACGCACGUGCACACAUACGCGCGUACGCGUAUCACACAAACAUGCGCAUGUACACACAUACACAUACACAGUAAAAUAUUUUCAUUCAAAGGAAAAAAAAAACAAAAAUGAUAUAAAAUACAAAUUCGAAGCAGCAAUAACGUACCAAAGAAUUAUAUUUCUCUUCAUUUCAGGUAAAAUAAAAUAAAAAUUCUUUUUUAAUCGAACAAGCGAAAAGAAUAAGAAUGAAAAUACAAAACUAACUCAACUGCUGUCUCCAAUAUA